AUGAUUCGUGACUUCGCAUUUAUACACAGGAAUGUCAAUUAUUCCGGUUUCCGCCCGCUGGGAACUGUGCUCAACUUGUUCCCUACUAAUCAUGGUGUCGAGUACUGGGUUAAACGGAUUCGAGCACAUCUUCCAGAUGUCGAAGUGGCACCAUUCCGGGAUACGUUUGUGGUAGUUUGGAAAGAUGGAGCCAGUUCGAGCUAA